AUGUUGGGGUAAGGGGAAUGUGGUAAUUGGGGUAAAAAUAAUUGUAAUGUAAGAGGAAUGGAAAUUGGGGUAAGAUAAUGUUGGGGUAAGGGGAAUGAGGUAAUUGGGGGAAUGUGGUAAUUGGGGUAAAAAUAAUGCUUGUAAUUGGGGUAAGAGGAAUGUGGUAAUUGGGAUAGAUAAUGUUGGGGUAAGGUAGAAUAGGGGUAGAAUGUUUGUAAUUGGGGGAAGAGGAAUGUAGUAAUUGGGGUAAGAGGAAUGUGGUAAUUGGGGUAAAAAUAAUGAUUGUGAAUUGGGGUAGAUAAUGGGGUAGAUAAUGUUGGGGUAAGGGGAAUGUGGUAAUUGGGGUAAAAAUGAUUGUGAAUUGGGGUAUAUAAUGUUGGGGUAAGGGGAAUGAAUGGACCAACAGAGAGAAGGAGAAACCCACACACUUCAUCAGCAUCCCUCUCACUGUGCCCCACAUCAGAGACAGAGUCUCGCUGUUCAAAUCUUCUGUACUGGACUCCUGCAGAAGAGAGAGAGGGAUUUGUGAAGAUGUGUUCCAGCUACCUGAGAAGUUCCACCUCACUGUCGGAGUCCUGCGGAUUUUCUCUGAAGAAGAAGAGGAGAAGGCAAAAGCAGUGGUGAAGGAAGCUAUUGCAAUGGCCAAGUUAACAAGAUUGAGAAUUUGUUGUGCUCAUAUUUCUAGUUUGUGUCAGCAGAGUUGUACUGGGCAGUGAGUCCUAGUAAUUGGGGUAAGAGGAAUGUAAGGUUAAUUGGGCAUCAAUACUUGGGGUAAAAAUAAUAAUUGUAAUUGGGUUAAGGUAGAAUGUUUGUAAUUGGGGUAAGAGGAAUGUGGUAAUUGGGGUAGAUAAUGUUGGCGUAAGGGGAAUGUGGUAUUUGGGGUUAAAAUAAUUGAUAAUAUGGUAAUUGGGGUAGAUAAUGUUGG